AGCAGCCGAGGAGCUCCAGCCACUUUAAGGGUUAACAAAGGACAACGGAGCCGCAGGAAAGAGCGCAACCGAGGGACGUCCCUUUCCUGCCCCGCCUCUCUGCGAUAAAUGGAGCCUCCCUUUGUGUGUGCAGGGAUGUUGGCGAGCGGGGUUGCACGGAGGGAGCCUCGAAAGAAAGGAUACAUCUGGGGGAUCAAGGCUAAGGGAGAAACAUCCAAAGUAUCACUGGAAAAAGCUGAGGAGCAGAUGCAGGAGCAGAAACUGAGGAGUCAAGAUGGAGCAAAGAGACAAGAGGAAAGACAAACUCACACAGGGGAGAAACCUUAUAAAUGCUUGGAGUGUGGAAAGAGCUUCAGUCAGAGUAACACCCUUACUUUGCAUCACAGAACUCACACAGGGGACAAACCUUAUAAAUGCUGGGAGUGUGGAAAGAGCUUCAGUCAGAGUGGCCACCUUACUUCGCAUCAAAGAUCUCACACAGGGGACAAACCUCAUACGUGCUUGGAGUGUGGAAAGAGCUUCAGGUGGAGUAGCGCCCUUACUUCGCAUCAAAGAACUCACACAGGGUACAAACCUUAUAAAUGCUUGGAGUGUGGAAAGAGCUUCAGUAAGAGUACCAACCUUACUUCACAUCAAAGAAGUCACACAGGAGACAAACCUUAUAAAUGCUUGGAGUGUGGAAAGAGCUUUAGUCAGAGUAGCACCCUUACUUUGCAUCACAGAACUCACACAGGGGAAAAACCUUAUAAAUGCUUGGAGUGUGGAAAUACCUUCAGUAAGAGUACCAACCUUACUUCACAUCAAAGAAGUCACACAGGGUACAAACCUUAUAAAUGCUUGGAAUGUGGAAAGAGCUUCAGUCAGAGUAGCAACCUUACUUUGCAUCAAAGAACUCACACAGGGGACAAACCUCAUAAAUGCUUGGAGUGUGGAAAGAGCUUUAGUCAGAGUAGUACCCUUACUUUGCAUCAAAGAACUCACACAGGGGACAAACCUUAUAAAUGCUUGGAGUGUGAAAAGAGCUUCAGUCGGAAUGACCAUCUUACUUUGCACCACAAAACUCACACAGGAGACAAACCUUAUAAAUGCUUCGAGUGCGGAAAAAGCUUCAGAUGGAGUAGCUCCCUUAUGGUGCAUCAAAGAUCUCACACAGGGGACAAACCUUAUCAAUGCUUGGAGUGUGGAAAGAGCUUCUGUCAGAGUGGCCAGCUUACUUCGCAUUACAAAACUCAUACAGGGGACAAACUUUAUAAAUGCUUCGAGUGUGGAAAAAGCUUCAAAUGGUGUAGCGCCCUUACGGUGCAUCAAAGAUCUCACACAGGGGACAAACCUUAUAAAUGUUUGGAGUGUGGAAAGAGCUUCAGUCAGAGUGGCCACCUUACUUCGCAUCAACAAACUCACACAGGGGACAAACCUUAUAAAUGCUUGGAGUGUGGAAAGAGUUUCAGUCAGAGUAGCAACCUUACUUCUCAUCAAAGAACACACACAGGGGACAAACCUUAUAAAUGCUGGGAGUGUGGAAAGAGCUUCAGUCAGAGAGGCCACCUUACUUCGCAUCAAAGAACUCACACAGGGUACAAACCUUACAAAUGCAUGGAGUGUGGAAAGAGCUUCAGUCAGAGUGGCCACCUUACUUCGCAUCAAAGAACUCACACAGGGGACAAACCUCAUACGUGCUUGGAGUGUGGAAAGAGCUUCAGUCGGAGUAGCAACCUUACUUCGCAUCAAAGAACUCACACAGGGUACAAACCUUAUAAAUGCUUGGAGUGUGGAAAGAGCUUCAGUCAGAGUACCAACCAUACUUUGCAUCAAAGAACUCACACAGGGGAUAAACCUCAUAAAUGCUUGGAGUGUGGAAAGAGCUUCAGUCAGAGCAGCAGCCUGACUUCGCAUCAAAGAACUCACACAGGGGGUAAACCUCAUAAAUGCUUGCAGUGUGAAAAGAGCUUCAGUCGGAAUGACCACCUUACUUUGCACCACAAAACUCACACAGGAGACAAACCUUAUAAAUGCUUCGAGUGUGGAAAAAGCUUCAGAUGGAGUAGCUCCCUUAUGGUGCAUCAUAGAAGUCACACAGGGGACAAACCUUAUCAAUGCUUGGAGUGUGGAAAGAGCUUCAGUCAGAGUGGCCACCUUACUUUGCACCACAAAACUCACACAGGAGAGAAACCUUAUAAAUGCUUCGAGUGUGGAAAAAGCUUCAGAUGGAGUAGCUCCCUUAUGGUGCAUCAUAGAAGUCACACAGGGGACAAACCUUAUCAAUGCUUGGAGUGUGGAAAGAGGUUCAGUCAGAGUGGCCACCUUACUUUGCACCACAAAACUCACACAGGAGACAAACCUUAUAAAUGCUUCGAGUGUGGAAAAAGCUUCAGAUGGAGUAGCUCCCUUAUGGUGCAUCAUAGAAGUCACACAGGGGACAAACCUUAUCAAUGCUUGGAGUGUGGAAAGAGCUUCAGUCAGAGUGGCCACCUUACUUCGCAUCACAGAACACAUACAGGGAACAAACCUGAUACUUGCUUGUAGUGUAGAAUGGCUACCUUCAGGCACAUCAAAGGAUCCGUUCAAAGGAAGAGAUGUAUAGAUGCUUUGAAUUUGGAAAAAGCUUUAAGCGGAGUUCAACUCUUUCUGUGCAUCAAUGGAUCCAUAUGGGGAAGCCAGGCUACCAACAGGAUUUUUAUGGGGAGUUUCAGACCCCUGACAAUCUUCUUCUCUUAGCUUAACCACAGACUGUUCCACUUCCCUUCACCUGCUAUUUUGAUGGCGUGUCAGUUUUUGCUUUGCAGUGACAG